CACUGAUGGUGUUUGUGAAAAUACUGCAGAGAGGUUAAUAAAAUGAGAUCUGAGAUGGAUAUAAAAUUACUUAUACUUGUUUUACUUGCAACAGACAGCGUUGGCAGACCGAUUCUACGGGAAAGGACAGUGAAAGUGCGUGUGGUAACUGGAAGUAAUUCAGCUCCGAUCACAGAAGGACCAAAACAAGCUGUAAGCGACGAAAGGGAAACAACUCCAGUUACUGAAGACCUGCCUGUGUCUGUUGAUGUCAACCUGUCACUAACCCAUGAUGCCGAGCCGCCACUUGCUCUUAGUAAAAAAGAUGUCAGUGGCAAAUAUCGACGAAAACGACAUUUUCAACCCUAUGAUAAUUUAGAUGCUAUCAUAGCUCGACUGGAGGCUAUUAACUUUAAACGAAAACAUCCCGAAGCUGUUGAAAUUAAGGUUGACAGGCAUGUAGACGUACAUAUAGCUAACCAAGGUUCGACCAAGAAUUCACAACAAGGACUCCAAGCAGACGAUCACCAAAAUGUUCAUAUAAUACAAGGCAGUCCACAGAGGGCGACGAUUUCUCUGAAACUGCAAAGUACACAUUCAGGUGAUGAACAACAAAGUGAAGAUAAAACGCCUGACAUUGAAGUUAGUGAGAAUAGAAGUAAAAAAUCUGAUAAUGAAUUUGAAGAGUCUGAGUCUGAGGAUGAAGUUAGUGAGGAUGAGGAUGAAGUUAAUGAGGAUGAGGAUGACGUUUGUGAGGAUGAAGAUGACGUUAGUGAGGAUGAAGAUGACGUUAGUGAGGAUGACGUUAGUGAGGAUGAAGAUGACGUUAGUGAGGAUGAAGAUGAAGUUAGUGAGGAUGAGGAUGAAGUUAGCAAGGAUGAGGAUGAAGAUGAAGAAUCUGACGAGGAAGCUGGCGAGGAUAAAAAUGAAAAUAUAACAGGUGAAAAAGAAACCAACAAGAAUGGAAGUAAAAUCACUGAAAGUGUAAGUAAUGGAAGUAAAAUCACUGAAAAUGUAAGUAAAGCGAGUCAGAAAACCCCCGAGAGUCAUGGUGUUAACAAGACCAGCACAACUAAUAAUGGGGAACAAAACAAAUCGAUAGUAAAUAUAUAUAAAGAAUAUCAUACUAGUGGAAAUGAAAAUAUUAACAAUGAUCAGACUGACAAAACAGAAAAUGCAAAAGAUAAGGACCUUUAUGAAAAACUUAACAUAGAGAACGAUUAUAGUGAACUUGUCGAACUGAAGAAAGGAAUUCAGGAAUAUUAUGGAUUGAUACAAAAAGUGAUUGCUGAUCAUAAAGCCAAGAAUUCCACCAGUGAGAAGACCCAAAACGAACAAAAUAAAACAAUUGUGGUUGACAAACCUGUCACUGUCACUAAAAUAGUCAAGGUAAAACAGCAAGUCAGAUAGAUGUGACUAGUUUGUAAAAUGAGUUACAGCAACUCCAUAUAAUUCAGAUAAUGAGAAACUUGUCUAUGUGAAAGAUGAAACAAAAAUAAAAGGGCACGAAGAAUCUAGCAGAUAGUUUAUAAAAAGAAAACGUACAAGUGAAGCGAUGUAGAAAGUGAAAGGGCAAAAGGAGCCAAACGGAAAGAUUAAAAAGUAAAUAGUGCAAGGAGUCAAAAAGUAAAGGACACUUGGAAACAAAUAUAAAGAUCCAAAAGUAAAGCGUAUGAAGAAACAAACACAAAGGUCAAAACGUAAAGAAUAUGAGGGACCCAGCAGAAAGGUCAAAGAGUAUGAGGAACCAAAACACAAAGGUCAAACGGUAAAGAGUAUGAAGGACCAAACAGAAAGAUCAAAAAGUAAAGACUAUGAAGAACCAAACACAAAGGUAAAAAAAAGUAAAGAGCAUGCGGAAUCAAACAGUAAGGUCAAAGAGUAUGAGGAACCAAACACAAAGGUAAAAAAAAAAAAAAAAGGGCAUGCGGAGCCCAACAGAAAGG